CUGAGGGAAGCCAUGCCCCACCACAGAGUCCUGCAUCUGGUCCUGCUUACGCUGUGCGGCAUCCUGGUCCCUGCUGUGCUGACAGGCUCGCUGGGGCCCGGAGCUAUCGGUGCCAUUGUCAUUGCCGCUCUCCUGGGGACAUCUGUGCUUGUGGCCUUGGUCGUCAUCACGCUGAGAAAGUUCUCGGCCUCCUGA